AUGUCCGUAAAACAGGAACAUCGUCCCCAUUUUCAUUCAACACCAGUACUAUUACCUAUUGAUAACAAUAUGAAUAAUAGUCAAAAUAACAAGAACAACAAUAAGGUGGAUGAUAAUUUAUUUCAUGAUGAAAUUCAACGAUUUGAUGCUGAUACAAUAGAACAACAUUAUGGUGGACAAUGGAAAGCGUAUGCAUCGAAUGUGCGUGAAGUUAGACAAGCAGAUGGAUCAAUUAUCAAAGAAUAUAUCAUUGAAGAUCCAAGUGUAUUAGAUCAAAUACAAAAACAGCAACAAACACAUCGACCAAUUAAUCCAUCAUCGACAACAUCAUCAGAAGAAGGUAAUGAAAAUGAAAAUUAUCCAUUAAAAAAUAAAUUUCAACAAUUAAAAGCAAAGUUUGAACAAAAAGCAUCGGUCAUGCCAUCACCAUUGGUCUCCUCUACCAUGAAAAAUAGUUCACGUCAACAAAAAAUAGAUGAAUUAUAUUCAAAACAUAGUCAACAGCAGCAACGACGAAAAUCAGAUGACUCUAUAAUUUCGAAUGAAAAUCGUCAAGAACCACCGAUAAUAAUGCAUAAUAAAAAUACGCCUGAGAGUAUAGACCAUCAAGUUCAGGAACAACGAUAUAAUUUAAAUUCAAUAACAAAAAAUCGAUCACAAUCAACUGAUAAAUCAAAUACAAAUACAUCAAGAAGGUUUAAUUCUGUCGAUGAAGCAGAUGAAGAAGUUCAACAAAUACACAGACAAGGAGAAAAAUUACGUGGUAUAUACCAAGAUAAAACACGCUCAAAUGUAGAAUAUGAAGUUGUAGAUGAGAACGGUGAGCCAAUGAUGAUAAAUGGUGUUCAAGAUUUAAUAAAAAUGGCAGGUCGAUCAAAAGAAAUUAAACAACCUGAUGGUACAAUUUGGAAAGAAUAUGUGAUAGAUGAUCCUGCUUUGUUAUCAAAGAUUCAUUCAUCACAAUCAUUUACUAGUGAAUCACCAACAUCAUCCAAACAAGUUUCGAAUUCAUUUUCGCAUCAUAAUACAAUUCAGACGCCUCCUACACCACCACCUCGAGUUCCUUUACGUCAACAACUAGGUCGACCAUCGACUAAUAAUCAGUAUUCACCAGGAACUCCAGCAAAUAUUCCUAUGAAUCCUAUACCUAUUAAUCAUAUACGUACAUUAGAAUCGAAUCGUCGUUAUGAAUUUACAACAUCAUUAGGAAAAACGAUACAAUUUCAUAUUUCGAAUUUUAGUGAAAAUAUUCUUACUGAUGACGAUAUAUGCGAAUUAACUCACUCGAUCAAUAAUCAUUUUACAAUUGAACCACAACAGAACUCAUCUUUAUCAACAUCCAUGCAUACAUCACCAAAACAAUGGAAUCCCGAUUUGAUACAUCGACCUACACCACAACACGUGCAAAAUCCACCAUCGUCUCGAGGUCGCUUAGGUUCAAAUGACAAUGGCCUUACACCACAAAUGUCCUAUAAUAUUGGUUUUAAUUCAUAUCCGUCGACUAAUCAGCCAAUGCCUAAUGAUCUUCCUCGAUCUUCAUCACAGGGUGCAUUAAAUCAAAUUAAUUAUUUACCACGUAAUAAUUCAUCAGGAAAUUUAGCUCCUUCGUUUCAACAGCAAUCGCAACAACGUCCUCCUAUAUUUCCACCUGCACAGCCUGCCAGUGAGUGGAGUACAAGCAAACAACAGGCAUAUCCGGGAGAAAUGACAACUAUUGAUCCAGCUAUUUUACAAAACAUUUUACAACAGCAACAAUAUUAUCAAGUACCAGUAUCAAAAGAAGGAGAAAAUAUUUCUUCUCAUCAGUCUCGGCAGAGUCCAUCAGGUUUCCAAUCACAAGCACAAUUUUUACCUCAUCAACAACUGUCGGCUCCUAAUGACAUGAACUAUCCAUCUCAAACAUCAAAUAUUCCAGUUUAUCAUCAAGUUCAAUCACAACAACAGUCAAAUCAAUCAUAUCCUUUUAGCGGUGGACAACAAGAACACGGUGUUCGAAUUUUAGGCGCUGAUAUGUCAAACAUUGAUGCCUUACCAUCAGAACAACAACAACAACAACAACAAGCACCAGUAACAAGACCAAAUAUUAAUAUGAGCGGGCAUGUUCGAAUCUAA